CUUUGGCGUCCCGCGCGACCCGGUCCGAACCCCCCCCUUCACGAACCUCAAACCCGCAACCUUCAACCCUGAAGUUUCCCUAAUAACCACAACUUUUCUCACACGUCUCAUGCAAUGAACCACGGCACGACGCUGCGCGCCAUGCGCGCUCCGUCCUCUCUCCUCUGCAGCAGCAGUAGCAGCUCCGUCCACACAUCCUUCCUCCUCACCUCGAUCGCGCGACAAGCAACCCCCUACCGUCGGCUAGCGAGCUCCCUCACGCCCUCCGAACCCUCCUACUCCUCCACCGCGAACAGAGACAAGGUCAACGCCAUCGCCUCCUCCCGCCCAGCGGCCCUCGACCUCCCCGAGAAGAAACCCGACGCCUCAAAGUUUGGCCACCUCAUCCAGACGGGCAAGGCCUACAUCAAGUUCUACAAGACGGGCCUCAAAGCCGUCUUCUCCAACCGCCGCCACAUCCAAGACGUCAUCCGCGCAAAGAGCACCUCGGUUGAAGGCUUCCGCGCCCCCUCCGUCUUCACGCCGGGCGUCAUCCCCAAGGGCUUCUCGCGCGCCGACUGGGUGCUCCUCUGGCGCGUGCGCCACGACGUCCUCCGCGUGCCCCUGUUCGGCCUCGUCCUCUUGGUGUGUGGGGAAUUCACCCCGCUCAUCGUCAUCUUCGUCGACGGCGUCGUGCCGUACACGUGUCGCCUGCCGCGGCAGAUCGACGCCAGCUUCUCGCAGGCUGAGGAGCGCCGGCACAAGUCGUUUGCCGACUUUGAGCGGGCUGCGCCGCUGGGCGUCGCGGGCACGCAGGGGACGGCCGCGAGGGCGCCGGCGAGGAAACAUGUGCUGCGCAGUCUGCAUAUGCCCGGUAUGAUGUGGGAUAAGAUUGGUUUUAUCCCGCCGGGUAUGUGGGCGACCAAGGGCAAGCUGCGGAUGGCUUUCCUGGAAGGCGAUGACAGGUUGCUGGCGCGCGAUGGGGGCGCGGCCGCGUUGGAGGAGCAGGAGGUGAAGAUUGCGGCUACGGAGCGCGGUAUCGACUGCGCCGGUCGCGGGGAUGAGGAGCUGAGGAAGUUGCUCGAUGAGUGGCUGCGCCUGACGGAGGCUGAGGAGAGUGCGGAGAGGAGGAAGCGCAUGACGGUUCUCUUGACGACAAGGACGGAGAAUUGGCCAAAGGACCGAGACUUUGCUCUCCCCGAGUGGCAUCUUUGAGUCGAAUCACACACAGCGGACUUGUAUAGUACCUCGCCUGGCAGACAGCACCAAUGUCGUCGAUAAUUCUUUGUCAGAGGCUGCAUUGCGGCAAGCGCCGGAUUGUAUACUACUACUGUAUUUUACUGCGGCAUAAGUAGAAGGAUGGGCACUCAAAAGCAUAUGACGGG